CACAGACCGACCAUCUCAUUGACCCCGAAUUGUUGCGACAGUUGAAUGCCAAGAGAGACGUUCUUGUGAACGCGUACGAACAAAUUGCACAGGCACUUAGAGCUGCAGCAAAGGCAUGCGAUGAAUUCCAAGCGCUUAUUCCGAGAGACGUGGGCAUUGUCCCAAGCGAGACACAUGCAUCAUCUAUUGGACACCAACCCAGGAAAUUCAAGAAACCUCAGAUUAAGGAUCCAAAUGCACCCAAACGACCGAACACUGCAUACAUCCUUUUUAGUAAUGAAAUUCGUGCAGAGACCAAGGCAGACAAUCCUCACGCUAAUCAAAAAGAAAUUGUUACACUUAUCGGACAAAAGUGGAAAGCUUUAUCUCGCGAACAGAAGAAGGUUUACGAAGACCGAUAUUUCGCCGAUAAAGAACGAUACGACGAAGAACUUCGUGCAUAUCGUGCGACACAUGGUCACGUGGAAUCACCACCUGAAACUUCGUCGAAUGAAGACAACGGUGAUCAAAACGCACCCGGGGUAGCCUCAUCAUCAAAACAAGCCAUCUCAUCCAAUACCUUUGUAUCUCACAUCCCCAUUGUCCCCACGUCAGAGAAUCCCAUUAUGACGGGUAGUAUCUCGGUACCACCGACAGAGGCUGAAACUACUGCAUUGAUGGAGACCAUCACUGAUGCCUUCCUAAAGGAUGUGACAGAUGCCGAUCAAAAUGCGUUUAUUGAAUCGGCGGCAGAAGUUAUUCAGACAACCGCGUCAACAUCAUUUCCAGAGAGUUCGAAGAAACGAUCUUCUAAUCUGGAUUCAGAAGAAGCAUCAAAACAAGACGGAACAGUAUCGACAGCAAAGAGGACACGAGCUUCCUCAAAAAAAGUGAUGGAAUCUGAAGAUGUUUUCAACCCUCCAGGCGAACCGGAGAUCAUUGGUGAACCAGAGGAGGUCACAAACACACCGAAAAGGACGAGAACAAAGCGAGGCGCUUCUAACGGAUCUACGACAACUCCAACCAAGACUAUCACUUCCACUCGUACUAGACGUGGUGGCAAAUCUUAA